AUGGCCCCCCUUCGACGCGGGCUCGUCGCCAUCGUGCUGCUUUUCGCCUUUGUCCUUUUGCUGCGAUCCUCCUCCUCCACCUCCUCCUCGUCGUCGUCGUCGACAACUUCUGAUGAUACGCCACCCGAAAACGCAGAGAAGCCAGUUAAUGUUCCGCCACAAGCUAGGACCCAUGCGGGGAAGAGACAACACGCCCAGGUAACCCUCGAGGACAUGGCCAAUCGCCCUCUUCGGGAACGACUGCGAUAUCAAUACCCCUAUGACUUAGACACCAAGUUCCCCGCCUAUAUUUGGCAAACGUGGAAGUAUGCGCCAUCGUCUAGCUGGUUUCAAGACGAAUUGCGGCCGCAGGAGGAGUCCUGGUCCGAAUUACACCCAGGCUUCGUUCACGAAGUCCUGGCCGAUAAGACCGCCGAGCAUCUGAUUCGGUAUUUGUUCGGGGCCAUUCCCGAAGUAAUCGAGGCAUAUGAGUCGCUACCAAUUCCCGUGUUAAAAGCCGAUUUGUUUCGCUAUUUGAUUCUGCUGGCCCGGGGAGGAAUAUACUCCGACAUUGACACUGAAGCUCUUCAACCCGCCAUCAAUUGGCUCCCUGACGACAUGGACCGAUUGUCCGUGGGUCUGAUCGUCGGCAUUGAAGCUGACCCCGACCGUCCAGAUUGGCAUGAUUGGUAUUCGCGGAGAAUCCAAUUCUGUCAAUGGACCAUACAAUCCAAGCCUGGACACCCCAUUCUCCGCGACAUAGUUGCGACCAUUGUGGAGGACACAUUGCGGAUGAAACGAGAGGGAAUCCUGACCAUGUCCAGGAUGGACAAGUCAAUUGUCGAGUUCACCGGCCCUGCGGUUUGGACCGAUUCUAUUUUCCGCUACUUCAACGACCCGGAGUACUUCAAAAACGAAGAGACCCGAAAUGUCACGUACGAAGACUUUACUGGCUUGACUGUGCAGAAAAAAGUAGGCGAUGUGGCCAUUCUGCCGAUUACGAGCUUCAGCCCUGGAGUCAGGCAAAUGGGCGCCGAAGAACCCGAUCACCCGUUGGCCUUUGUCCUGCAUGAUUUUGAAGGAUCUUGGAAACCGCAAGAAGAGCGACACAUCGGAGUUGAGUGGUAA